AUGCUCUUCGACGGUUGGUUAGAUGGACACAUCGAAAGUUUCUGCCAUCGACAGUACUGGGUACUUGCACCUGUCCUGGACUUUACCACAACGAAACACCGCGCAUUCGAUGAGAGAUUUCCAAUGCCGUUUGAAGAGGUUCUGGAUUGGUCGCAGGCGAAAGGAGGCGCAAACGGGCUUGUGUUGAAGGUCAAAAUACAUGAGAAAUACCAAAGAUGGGCACCACUUUCGAAACCCCACUCAUUUUACGCCAUUAAACGUUUUGAUAAAAGCCAAAGAGAUCACUUUCUCAACGAGAAAGAGGCAUUGCUGCGGUUUAGCCUACCGGAGGACAGGCACAAUAAUCUUAUUCGACUACUUUUUUCCUACGACAUAGGAUCGCACAUGUUCAUGAUAUUUCCGGGGGCGAACUGGGAUCUGGAAGGGUUUUGGAAAUACAACAAGAACAACUCGGCUUCGUCAGAGGAACUAAUCUGGCUCAUCCAUCAAUGUCAAGGGCUUGCCGAUGGACUAUGCAAGGUUCAUGACUACGGCGGUCGUCAUGGGGACAUCAAAUCCAGGAACUUACUCUUUUUUGCGGACCCGCAAAAUCCUCCUGGUCGACUUGUCGUUGCGGACUUCACGUUGAUGCGAUUUCACUCUCCCGACUCUGACGUCACCAAAGCUUCGAAAGUCGACAAAACUACAACCUAUCGUCCUCCUGAGGCAGAUGGUCUAUACAGUACCGUUGCAAGUCCUAAAUUUGAUAUCUGGACAUUGGGAUGCGUCUAUUUGGAGUUCGUCACAUGGCAUCUUCUCGGUGGCGACGCUAUCACCGAGGGUUCUUUUCAAGCGGAAGACGGUGAAACAUACGAGAGCUUCAGUACUGCAAGGCAAAGUGAUGAUGAUGGGCUUGCGCACCGCGAGGACAAGUUCUUCAACCAGUUUGCGACGAACGCCGCUAAGGUCAAAGCCUCGGUCGAAACAUGGAUACAUUGUCUGCGUGGCCACCCGCAUACAUCUCCAGCUCUGAGAGGUCUUCUGGACUUAGUUGAAGAUCAUAUGCUUGUGGUUGUUCCUGACGAUCGAUGUGGCAUGCAUAUGGUGAAGGAAACGCUUAAUAUUAUUUUUAACCAGUGCGGCAAGCAUGCUGAAUAUGCCGAGCCUGAUUCGAAAAGAUCUACCAAAGGGGCAGUUAUUGCCCCGCGUUGGACGGAGAAGAGCAAAACCUACAGCAGGGUUGCCGUGGGAGCAAUGUCCACAAGUCCUGAGCCGAGGGACAGUGGAUCAAAACUUGACCUGGAGACCAUCAACCAGGCUUUCAGUGACGCCAUCCCGUUUCCUCAAAACCAGCCUACUCACCAACGAGUAGGGGUGUCGAACGGGCUUCUUUCUCCUGCAGUCAUGGGCUCGGUGGGAGAUAUUAUUCGCGAAGGUCAUGUGAAAGAGGCUAAGCUGCGCCGCACGAUGUUCCCGUCGUCCGGCUACGGCGCUUGGAGGAGCAGAGUAGGUCACGAGGCCGCCAAGCUGGGUUAA